UUGCGUUGCGAGCGAGUCUUGUUUCUUGUAGAGUUCUACAAAGAAAGUUAUUGCAAAACUUUACCUGCAAGUGUUUUAGUUUCUAAGCAGAAGGAAUAAUGGAAAAGCCGACAGUUACUGUGACUGACCAACCUCCACCGUACUCUGCUACGGUGCCAGGUGCCCCGCCUGUGUCGUACCCGCAGCCGCAACCGGCCGGCGCGCCGUACGCGCCUCCCCCCCCUCCCCCACCCCCCGGCUUCACGCCGUACGGGCCCGCGCCGCCGAACACCGCCUACUUGCCCAACUACGGCGCCACCACUGUCAUCAUCCCGCCACAGAUAAUCGCCGUGAACGCAUGCCCGGCUUGCCGCGUGGGCAUCCUGGAGGACGACUUCACGUGCCUCGGCAUCCUGUGCGCCAUCUUCUUCUUCCCCCUCGGGAUAUUGUGCUGUCUCGCUCUCAAGAACCGACGGUGCUCGAACUGCGGGGCUAUGUUCGGGUAAUUCCGUAGUAGCCACGAUGACAAUCGUUUAUUGACUGGGUUGCGAACAAAAAGUCGUGUGAUCAUUUCCAUGCAUUAUUGAUAUUGAAGCGAUCGGCGUAUUGUACAUACGAUUGUCACUAGGCUCCCUGGUUUGAGAACUAGAUAUUGCUCGCCAUAGAUGGCGCUGUGGGCUCUCCAUAGAUGUUCUGUAGUCUGUGGUAUAUAUUUAUUUUUAAUAUUCGCAAAUAAAAUUCUACAAAUUGCAACUACGACAAAAUAUAUACUCAAGAUAAAAAAACCUGGGAUUAUUUUUAAAGAAGAAUUUUAUUAAAUUUAUAAAGUCGAAUUUGAAUUCACACCUAUCACUUGGACCCAAUUACACUGCAAUGCAGCGCCAUCUCUGUUGAGCUUUGCGCGUUUAACCUUAUUGGAAUCGUUUGUGACUUACGAAAAGAGAAACUUUCAGAAACAACGCGAUUUAUUGUUUUUUUUUAAUACGAAUUAAGUGCCAUAGUUAAUCAAAAAGGGUACUAAAGGGUACUUAUUGUCGGUUGGGUUGGCAAUAAGGCGCUAUUUCCAUAUAGCUUCAAUUUGAAAUCAACCUUAUUGACAACCGACAAUGUGGCACCUUUUGAUUGACAACGUCACAACACAAAUGCGUAUUGAAAGAGUUAAAAGCGAUUGAUCGAUCAUGGGUGAUGUAAAAAUAAGUAAUUAGUCCUGAAAUGUAUAUCACCACACAUGAUCCGUCCAGUGUCUCUGGUUAAAAUGUUAUUUACAAUAUUUUUGUUGAACUAACUGUUAGUUUCUAACUAAAUUGAUUUGACAUUUUAAUAUUUUUUAAAUGAGUUUUUUUUUGCAUAAAAAGGACAUAAUGUAACCUAGAAAUGUUGCAUUCCACUUAAGUAAAUAUACUUAAACAGUUUUCCAAAUUAAAUAUCUUGACAUUUGAAAUAUAUUAUGCAAUCGAAAAUACAUAAAGAUUUCAGUUAAGAAAUUGGCAUUUUGAAAUUAAAAUUGAAAUUCUUUAUUUCAGGCCUGUCGGCCCAUAUUUUCAACUGAAACUAAGACUUUCAACUGAAUUUACAGUAUGCUGUAAAAACAAAAAUGAAAAACUAAACAUAUAACACACAAGUAGGUAAAUACUACGAACCACUUGCAUAGAACAAAAAAAAACGUACAACUGUCAUAAAGUCUGUGACUUGAAACAGCUAUUUAAUUAUUAUUAUUUCGUAUGGCUUUUAUUCCUGAUUUUAAUUUACAAUUUAUAUAGGUAGUUACACAGAACGAAAAUAUUUACAAUUUAAUAUCUAAAUUGAGUAGCCAAUCCCUUGCUUCCGGUGUAAGUGCUAACAAGUCCUGCGUGCUUCCGGCAAAACGCCUUCUAGGACAUUCUCCUAUGAUGUGAGGGAUUGUUUGCUAUUUAAUCAUGAAAUACUAAGCAAUUGAUAUUGUGAUACCGAUGGUUUGGGGAAAUUGAAGUAAAAAUUGAAGCGAAAUUUAGACAAAGCUAAAUUUAGCUGUGUUACUUCAUCCUAACCUGUUUAAUAUACAGGGUGACAUUAAAUUGGUGAUACAAAAUCAAUGUUUUACAUACAUCUUCCCUAAACUAAGCCCCUCAAUUAAGUCUGAUGCUUUAAAAUAAUCAAAAGUAAUUUGUUUAAAUUUUUCAUUUUAUCCCGUUUUUUAGGCUUCACAUGGUUAUCCUAACAUAAUGAUAAACAAAGAAAAGGUUAAAUGAUUUCAAAUGAACAUUUUCCUCUUUGGUUAUCAAUCACCUGCCACAGUUUAUGAUGUAAACGUGUUUUGAUUAGUACUUGUCACUUGUCAAAGAAAAUAAGAUUUUAUGCAAGAUUUCGGUUUUACAAUAAAAUUUAAGAUAAAAUUAUUCUCGAGAAACGUGUUGACGAUUUUGCUACAAGAAGUGCCGAGCAAAAUUUGGAGAAUCCUCAUUUCCGGCAAGAUGGUGCACCAGCGCAGUUUGCUCUAAGUGUGCGAAAUCAUUUGGAGCAAGAGUUCCCUGACAGAUGGAUUGGACGAAACGGCCCAGUCGCAAAGCCGUCUCGAAGUCCCAAUCUUCGCAUGGCCGACUCGACAUCCUUUGCGGGGCGAAAUUAAAAGGAGUGUUCGGGACUUUCAUUAUUUGUUUUAUUAGAAAAUUAGCGAUAAUUAAAUACAGCUAAUUUUAACAACGGAGUUACUGUAGUAUACUAUUGGGCAUUAACUGAGCCACAAUCAAGUGUUUUGUAUCACCAAUUUAAUGUCACCUGUAUAAAUAUUUUAAAGUAUUUUGUCGAGUUGUAAGUAAUUGAACUAUUCUACUGUCGAUUAUUUAGAUUUUAAGAGUUUGAGCAAUAUUUUAAAAUUGGUUUGCUACUAUCUAAAUGUCCUGAAUAAUUAUUGUUUUAUACAUUCAAAAGUAUAUUUGAUUCUAAGGUCUGUUUUUUUAUUCCGUAAACUAAAAUGACGUUUCAUGUGUAUGAGAUGACAUUUCUUAGUAACAGUGUAGUACCACAUGAAAUGUCAUUUUAGUCUGCGGAAUAAAAAAACAGAAUAUAGUUUUAUCAGAAUUUGAUUUUCAAAUUAGAAAAAAAAAACAUAAAAUUGUAUAAGAAUUAAAUGGCCAGUAUCACCUAUAAACAUUUUGCCAUUUUAUAGAGACAGGGAAAUAGUGAGAACUGGUAAUGUCCAUAUAAAGUAAUAUGCCAUAGUAAAAACAGUUUGACCGCUACAAAAUUGGCAAAAAAUUAAAAACAAACAAUAAUAUCAGACUGUACCUCACUUUGUAUAUAGGGAUUGCGCGCAGUUCUGUGUCUGCUUUGCAUUAAAAUAGAGUUAUACGAGUAGUUUAUGGUUUUAAGGAGUUUGUUAGGAUUUGUGAAGUUUUGUAUUAUAUUGUACUUUGCCAUAACGACGUGUGCCUUCUACAAUAUCCACCAAAUUGUAUUGCCAUUCUUUAUAUUUCUGUCUGUUACCUUAUACCAUUACUAUACAAUUACCAUAAAAUAUAAUGAUUUAUUCCUUUUCUUACGUGUCUGUUUUUAUCGUUUUUAUUUUAGAAGUAGUACCUAUACGAAAGUCCUAUAGGUAGUAGGUAGGGAAAUAAGUAAGUAAGCACUAGUUUAAGUAUGUACUGGUAUCUAUUAUACGAAACAUGUAGUAUAAGACUAUUGAAUUUGUAAAGAUUUAUACAAUUAAAGUUGAAAUUCAAUAUUA